UAUUAAAUGAGGGCCACCAUUUUUAGGUUUAGUACUUAUGCAAAAUUCACAGAAAAACUAUAAAAUACCAAAUUUGCCACAAUUUAUAAUUAUGAAACACAAGUUAAGCCUGCCUUAAAUAUUUAUGAAUCUAUGGGAUUUAAUGAAUAGAUGAUUUUCAGAAUUUUCAAGAACAGAGGUCUAUCUUUAGUCAAAGGAAACACUCAAAAUGAUAUUGAAUAGCUUAAUGAAUUAUUUAAAACUAGAUUAAAUGCAGACGCAAAGUAUAUUUCAAUCAAAAUAAUUCAGAUAAAUGCGAACUAUCCUUUUUAAAGAUCCAUAAAUAUUGAGCCAUCCUAUAGAUAAAAUGAAAAAUUAUAUUGAUCUUUUUGAAAAGUAGCUUCAAAUAAAUAAAGAAGACAUAUUAUCUAUAUUGACAACAUAUCCUUUAUUAAUGAGAAAUUUUGAAAUAAAUUAUGAAAAAUUUAGAAAUGUUUUUAAUACUUAUGCACAUGUUAGUGACAAACAAUUUGGAUAAGUAUUGGUCAAUACUCCAUUUUUAUUUUCAUUUAAUCUUGAUAGAAUACCUCCUAAUUUUAGAAUUAUGUAUAACAGAGAAUAUAAAACAUAGGAAAUUUAAGAAGUGGUAAUAUUUUAUUAUUAUUUCUUUAGAUUUAAAAAACGGCAGAAUUCUUAGCUCUUAAAAAUCAUGAUCUAGAUAGAUUGCUUAAUCAUUAUGAUGUUUUAAUUCCAAAUAAGGAAGUUUAACAUUAAUUAUUAAUAAAUAAUCAUAAAUUAUUACUCUUAACACCUGCAUAUAUGUUAAGUCCAAAAAUCAAUUUAUUCAAAGAAAUUGGAUUAUCAUUAAAUUAAAUUGGAUAAAUUUUAUAAAUAUCUCCAAAUUUAUUUGCCAAGAGUGUUUAAACUUUAAAAUUGAAAUUGAAAUUUUUUGAAAAACAUAUGAAUGUUAAAAUUAAAAAUUCUCCAUUUUUUCCUUAGAUUUUAGAGUUUGAUUAUUGGACAAUAUUACGUCCAAGGUAAAAAUUUAAUUAUUAAAAAGACUUGUUAUUUUAAAUACUCUUGAAAAUGCAAUAGACAAUUUAAAUAUGAGUUAAGAAGAGUUUAUUAAAAAAUAUGAUUGUGAAUAGAAGUAUCAAGAAUUGUUAAGUGAAGCACCAACUAAAAAAAAGAUUGAUGCAGAUUUCAUGAUUAGAAAUUACCAUAGAUACUGCCAUGAUAGAAUAUAAUUGUUAAAUUGAG